AUGUCCGUCACAGGCGAGUGGCGUUCCAACUGGCCACUACAGAGCAAUUCUGUCCGUUCCAACACCCAGGGAAUCCUCAUUCCAAGAUUCUGGCACUCGGAAUCCUGCCGCGGGGACGGGGACGGGGAUGGAAACGGGGCGUACCCGCAAGACGCUUCAUUUUCUUACUUAUCGGCUACCCAUAUACACCAGGGCCUUGUAUUCUAUCCUUGCGAAAUAUUGAAUUCAAAUGACUUUCAUUUGCUUUUGGACGUUGUUCCAUGCUACGUCCACCAUGUUUACUGGCUCAUCAUCAUUUCGAUGUCACCAUUUCCUUCACAUCUGACCAUGGGAAAUUGCACCAUGUUUGAGAUAGCCCCAAUAGUCAGUCCUCCGGUGAAUGAGUAA